UCGUUAUUUUGCCCGACUCCACAUAGUAGACCCCCCCCCCUCCUGCCCCAUAAUGGGCUCUUCUGCCCCUCCUUUUACAGCUCAUAUGCACACCACACCUUUUGAAGAAGCAUAUGCUCAGCACACGAUGGACCCGACAGACGGCACCAGGAACGGGAAACAACAAUGUCCAUCCCAAAGCUUGACAUUCGACUCGUCGCCUCAUUUCGACGACAUGACGUCCGGCGCACCGUCAUUCUUCUUUCCAUCUGAGAACCCUCCUGGUUUCAUUCGGAACCACUCGAGUAUAUCCCAGCCGUCGACUUCCAGCAUGGACCAGUCGAUGUAUUCUUCGAUGCAGCAUCAGAGUCAGAUGUCGCCACAGUAUCUCGAAACCCAAAUGCAACUCGAGGUACUUCGCGAGACGCGUCGCAUUCGCGAACUCGAACUUCGCAUCGAGUCCGAAAAACGUCAAGCCAAUGAAGAGCUGCGGAAACAGAAGGAGGCUGACCUCGCUCUGGAGAAUCUCAGGAUUUUUGGGAGCGGCGGCAGCAGCAGCAGUAGCAACGCACCUGACAGGAUCCCUGACAUAACGCUUCCUUCACAGUCACCACAUCUUUUCGGCGCGCCCCCAUCUUCCCUGCCUGGACAAACUCCUAUAGAUCCCUUCACUGCCUGGUUUCAAUCCGCUAUGGAUACGUCAACUGAGACCACUUUCCCUUCACUAUUAACCCCAGAAACAUCUAUACCUCCUACAUUCCACACCUCCACCUCGACUUAUUCUCCUCAUACCGACUCCAACGAAGCUUCUCCUUCCGCUGAUCCACCUUCCCCACCUUCCCUGCCAGCCUCAGCCCCACUGCAGUCCACGUCCGAUCCAAAGACGACGAAGAAGAAAACCUCGACCAUCGUCACCGAGGAGUGUGAAGCUCAAUGCUCCCGUUGUUCGAAAGCUAUAGCCAAGCUCGUACUUCGUGGGGACCCCACGGAAAUGGAAGCGCCCUUCAGGACGGAGUACCAAUGCAGUGACUGUGUCCCCGUUUUCCCCGCGUCGAGCUCGCGCAAGCGGACGAAUCAGUUUGAAGAUACAACACUUCCCACGGUCUGUGGUGUGUGUUCUAAGAUAAAGGGACAGGGAGGCUUCGUCUCAAUUGAUAGAGAGCCGCUGCUAUUCUCAGUCGAGAUCGUCUGUCUCUCCUGCUCAGAGAAAUAUAAACGAUGUAGCAACUGUGGCGGGGGAAAUCUUCGUACGGGUGUUGGAAAGUGGAGGUGUAAAGAGCUAUUUGAGGGAAGCAGGAAGACAUGCUCGUUGUCCCAUGCAAGGCUCGGCGCCAAAGAGAUGGAACUCGCUGUCUGGGAGUUUCCUCGAGAGGGCGAAGGAAGGGCUGAGUAUUCCGCCAUUUUGGCAGGUUGCGAAAACCUUUGGAAGGAACACAUCUUAGCCAAGUUGGCCAUCCCGGAGGUUCUCGAACAUUCAACGGCACUCCAGUCGUGGCAAGACAUACAGGAGAAGAUUAUUAUGCACGGGACAAUCGUGAAGGACGUAUUAAAAUCACAACCAAUGACACCAGACCAUCACGUAUAUGUGGCAUUGACAUGGUCAAGAACGCGUUCGAGGAAAGAAAAGCUAAAGCCGAACUGGUCGCGUACAUCUGAGGAAAAAACCUCGGAGAGUUGGAUAAGCCCAAAUACUCGUCGCUCAAAUGUCUUCUAUCCCCAGAAUUCGGUGCUCUGUGGGGCGUGGUUUUGCGAAUGGAACGUGCGCGAGCGCACUGUCCUGAUAGGGACCCUCACACCAUUCGACCACGGCGAAGUCGAAGAUCGAUCGUUGCUCUCGUUGACGUCCGUUCUGUCACGAAUAUUGGAGGAUAUCCAUGCGCAUAAUGCUGCCUGCACCAAUCCCGCAGAUGAAUGGGCUUCACCAGAACACCUUUGGUCUGGCAUCAAGGCGAAUCCCUAUCCGCUCCGCGCUCGGCUCAUUGAGCUCCUGCAACGAAGAAUCGGCUUCCUAACUGUCGAUGAAUACAUUGCCCAACACCCAGAGACUCAGCGGGCUAUGUUCAGUGCAAAUAGCGGAAAUAUCGUUAAGGCCACGGACAAGAGGGUAUCCGUCGAUGGACAUGAUACCAUGGAAAUCCUCGUGCGACAUUUAGGCUCGAGUAUAUCGAUACAAGGUUUGAGAAAGGUCGUGGAGAGGGAGCUAUCGAAGAAGUCGAGUGGGGAUGUUUGAUUCUUCACCGGUUGGAAUGGAGUUCCGUGGCAAUCCAUGUCUUUGUUGUAAGUUUUGUGUAUAUCUUAUACAUUAAGUAGCUGCC